AAAAAAGAUUCGAGACGGCGUGGAGGACAGCAGAGGGUGGGGGAGAAGAGAACGGCGGGACGGGCGGGGAGCCGCAGCCCCGAGGCGCAGAGCCCUGGGACCUGAUGCGACCCUUGCUGCGCUCAGCGCGGGUAAUGUGAGCAGAGCCCAGGAAUGCCUUAUGUGGAUCGGCAGAACCGAAUCUGUGGGUUUCUGGAUAUCGAGGACAAUGAGAACAGUGGCAAGUUCCUGCGGAGGUACUUUAUCCUGGACACCCAGGCCAACUGCCUCCUCUGGUACAUGGACAAUCCCCAGAACCUGGCGGUUGGGGCAGGAGCUGUUGGAUCUCUGCAGCUGACUUAUAUCUCGAAGGUGAGCAUAGCUACCCCAAAGCAGAAACCGAAAACUCCAUUCUGCUUUGUUAUCAAUGCCCUGUCUCAGAGAUACUUUCUUCAAGCCAAUGACCAGAAAGAUCUGAAGGACUGGGUUGAAGCUUUGAACCAAGCCAGCAAGAUCACUGUACCCAAGGCUGGGACCCUACCCUUGGCCACUGAAGUUCUCAGAAGCCUCACAGCUCCUCCCACCCUAGACAAGAAGCCACAGGUGGCCUACAAGACUGAGAUCAUCGGAGGAGUAGUGGUCCAAACACCCAUCAGCCAGAAUGGUGGGGAUGGGCAGGAAGGGAGUGAGCCAGGGUCUCAUGCCUUCCUGCGGAGGUCUCAGAGCUACAUCCCCACAUCAGGCUGCCGUCCUCCCACUGGGCCUCCCCUCAUUAAGAGUGGCUACUGUGUGAAGCAAGGAAACGUGCGGAAGAGUUGGAAACGACGCUUCUUUGCCCUCGAUGACUUUACCAUCUGCUACUUCAAGUGUGAGCAGGACAGAGAGCCCCUGCGUACUAUACUGCUCAAGGACGUUCUCAAGACUCACGAGUGUCUCGUCAAGUCUGGCGAUCUCUUAAUGAGGGACAACCUGUUUGAAAUCAUAACCACCUCCAGGACAUUCUACGUACAGGCAGACAGCCCCGAAGACAUGCGCAGCUGGAUUCAGGAGAUUGGAGCAGCUGUCCAGGCCCUCAAGUGCCACCCCAGAGAACCAUCCUUUUCUAGAUCCGUUUCUUUGACUCGACCUGGAAGCUCAAGCCUUGCAAGCGGGCCUAACUUCAUCUUGAGGAGGAGACCGGCAGUGGAAGAAAAAAGGGCUCUCUGUAAGGCCCCUUCUGUGGCCUCCUCCUGGCAACCCUGGACACCUGUCCCCCAGGCUGGGGAGAAGCCACUGUCAGCUGAGAACGCUCCCGAGGACUCUUUAUUCCUGCCUCACCCUGGAGAGAGCAAUGCUACCGGGGUGCUGGCGAGUUCACGGGUCAGGCAUAGGUCGGAGCCCCAGCACCCCAAGGAGAAGCCAUUUGUGUUCAACCUCGAUGAUGAAAACAUACGGACCUCUGAUGUGUGAUAUGCAGUACCAUGGUGUGCCGGAGAGAUGGCGCCGUGACUCAGUUUCUCUGCCGCGGCGGAGGACAGAGGCUAAUGGCACUCACAGUGGAGGGACCCAUCCAGCUGGCUUUUGUUUUUGUUAUUAUUUAAUUGGGGGGAAUCAUUAGGAUAGACCCACAGGCACACUCUUUUGCCUCUUGAAUGCCCCCCUUUCCCCAGGUUUCAUAGUGAGGGGUUAGUUUUAACUGUUAAAACUGGGGUAGGGGUGGUUAGAGUCUAGUUUUACCCCUAACCAGUACCCUCCUCACCAUUUGUCUUUCUUUCAUUUUCUUGGUUUGGUUUCCAGUUUAUAUACAGGAUAUCAGGCUAAGAGCUGGUUUCACCUACCCCUGUUUAUUGGCUGAUGCGUGGAAAUCAGGCAAAGGGUUGCCAUAGGGACUGAAAGGCCUAGGGUUCGGGAGACUCAGGUUGCAGUAUGAUUGGGCCUCAUCUGAGAGGUGGCCUUAGAAUCUGGGGAGUGAACGGCGAACCUCAUAAAGUCUUUCCGGGCAGUUCCCUCAGGACGCCUCCCAGGGGAAGAGAGAGGACCUCUUAUGAGUCAUGAGGGCUGUUUAAACUGCCAUAGCCACUUGUGGGAAUUAUACUCGUCUCUUGCUCCCCUGUGACCCCCAAUGUUCUCAACGUGGGUGACGGAGCCACAGCUCUGUUUGCUGUGUGUCGGGUCCUGAGGAUGGCAAGGAUGGCGUUAUCAGUGUUAAAACGCCAGGACCGUGGAGAUCAGAAUAGACGUUUCCCUUGAAACCAUGUUAUUUGAGUAUAUGUGUGGUGGUUAAGUGUAGAAUGAUUUCCUGUGCGUGUGUGUGUGUGUGUGUGUGUGUGUGUGUAUUCACUCUCUAUCUCAGAGCCUUAAGGUGAAGCUGCUCCUGAGAGGAGUUGGAUGAUUAUUUAUGUCAGGCACCAUCUUUGACUCAUGCUUUCCAGACAGGAGAAUGGUGCUGCUUUGGCACAGACGGUCUUGAACCCCUGUCUCUCAGCUCUUUAAGAAAGGGGCAGUGUCUAUCUAACGUUAAGUGCUUGUAUAUUGCACCCUGCAGAUGGACUUGCUAUUUUUUUUUAAUUUUUAUUUUUUUUUAUUUUUUAUUUUUUUUAUUUUUCGAGACAGGGUUUCUCUGUGGCUUUGGAGCCUGUCCUGGACCUAGCUCUUGUAGACCAGGCUGGCCGCGAACUCACAGAGAUCCGCCUGCCUCUGCCUCCUGAGUGCUGGGAUUAAAGGCGUACGCCACCACCGCCCGGCUUGGACUUGCUUUUUAUACUUUAAGUUGUCCGGUAAAUGAAGCCAUGCAUAUAGUAGGUAGAACCCUAGCAUCUGAUAAGAUCCUAUACACUCCCCAGUGGAGAGACAAAAGAUGUUUUUUUUUUUCCUAAUGGCUAUAUUUUUCAUGGAAGAGAAACUGGGAAUAAAGAAGCUGAAUCAGGAAAAAUCAUUGGCUAGGAAUUUCCUGGGUUCUAGAAGAGUUCAGAAGAUUAGAUUUCUAGGGUGUGGCUUUUCCAUUUGGCAAUAUACUAUUUCCACUGCCUUUGGAGGCAUUUUUCUAUCAACCUUGAGUAAACUGAGUUACCAGAGACUAUGGCUGUCCCUCCAAGGAGAGAGGAUGUGGCUCAUUGUGUAUCUUUUACCAGCUAGAUAAGUUAGUUGUGUAUUUUAGUUAGAAACUUGUAGCUCAAAGAAGACUUUUUUAAAAAUUAUUUAAGCCAAUCACCACUCUUGUGUCUAUAGUUAAUGCAAAAGAAAAACAGGCACAAAUCUCUGUAAGUGUGAGAGGAAGUGUGUAAGUGUGAGAAGUGUGUUCUUUCUAAUGUGGCUGAAACCCUGAAGCCGGUGCCACACUGAAGACUCCUGAGCUCAACGUGUGGGAGCUGUCCCCCACUAUAAGUUUGGCCUUGUGUUCCUGGUCUAAAAAACAAAACCCACUGGAUCUCCAUCUCUUUUUCUGUUCUCCAUCUUUCCCCCUCCCCCUUUAUUAUUGUUUUUUAAAAUAAUUUUUGUGUGUUUUGGUUUUCAUAAACUCUUGGUUUGGGGAUUAUUUAUUUAUGAGUGACCAAGGUUACAGCUUACUUCAAAAGCCAAAUUCUAAAAGCCCUUUGUCUCUGGUUUCAACUUAAAAUCUUUCUCUAGAAAAUUCUUUGGCUGCUCAACAGAAUUGCUCAAUGUGAGAUGAGGAAGUAAUGAAAAUAAGUCAGGAGCUCGGGAGUGAGCUUUCCGCAUUCCCUGACUCAUGCAGAUGAUGUCAUGUUCUGGUGUUUAAAUUGCAAAAUCUGUCUGUCUCGCUGCAACACACCGCUAGCUAGGCUAUUACUGCUGCAUUAACUGGUCAUUAUAGAAAGCUGAUAGUCUCAUUAAGUAUUUUGAGAUUGUCGUUAGAUUAAACCCAGUGCCGUUUACAUUAUAUAAAGAAAGGGAAAGAUCAGUUUCAAUGACUCUACCUGGCCAAUACACGGGAAUUCCUAGUUAGAACGUUGUUAAUAUAGCUUCAGUGUUAAGAAAGCAUAAUUAUCGUUGUGAAGUUCAGAAACAUUCCAAUUCUCAAUUCUUGUUUCAGAAUUCCCUUUCUGUCUGGAUUUCUGACCAGCUGUAUACUCAUCUCCCCGUUUAAAAUCCAUUUGCUUUUGCUGGAGUCUUGCUACGUAGUUCAGGCUGACUUUGAACUGAUAAUCCUCCUGCCUCUGCCUCCCGAGUUCUUGGAUUACGAGCAUGUACUACCAUAUCUGGCCUCUCACAGUGUUUUAAUGUGAGUCAAAGAUUAGUGCAUGAACCUUCAGUGUUCGAUGUAUAAACUAGAACCUGGGGUGGGGGAAAAUAGGGUAUGAUACAGUGUGGAUUCGUGGAUAAACGUAUGCUGUGGCUAAAUCAGAAGGGAUUUCUGAAUUAUAAAAGGUACUGCUUUUUAAAUGUAUUUUUUUUUUUUGGAAUAAAUGCAGUCUCUGAGGUCGGGUUCUUCUACAAGGCUCCUAAGGCAGUGUUCUCUGCAAUUUAAGGGCUCACCAUCCUUUAGCCUUGAAAGAUUUGAUGGGCUUGCUUACCAAGAUCAGGUGAGAAUUAGCAAAAAUACUGUGCCUUUCUCAUUCUGUGGACCCUGAUGAGGGUAUGGAAGACCACGGCCUUGGGAGGGACCUCAGGUCAAAGCGGUAGAAUGAUGCCUCUUCUCCAGGUACAAUGCUGAGCUCCUGGGGAAAGAUUUAAGGCCCAGCAUCUUAGUUUACUAGAAGCAAACUGGUUUUGCUUCAGGACUAAAAUGACUCUCCGAAUAAAUAGCAGAUCAGCCGUUGAACAGGGGAUUUGACAUUUUCAGUAUUAACCAAAUAAACAGCCAUCUGGUAGGCAAUGGCAGCAUUUUGGAAAUUAAAUUUCCCAUGUCACUUCUAACUUGGAUUUUUUUUCUCUCUAAAAUCUGUUUUUCUCAGUGCUCCCCUUCCUUCCCUUCUCUCUGGGUGUUAUUGCCUGCUAGAGUCAAUUACAGUCACUCAUACUAGGUAGGCUUUGAAUAAAGUGAAUGUCUGGCAAAAACACACAGCGUGUCCUCUGUUUAUGAAGGUGUGGCAUGUCCCGUUUGAGCCUGUGUUUGAGCUGUGAAACACACCUCCAAAGGCACUGAGCUAAGUGCAUGGAAACUCCAGCUUCUUAUGUUGUGUGAUUUCCUAAUUGGUAUGUAGCAAAACGUCAUUUUCUAAAACUGUUUGGUUGCUUGUUUUUGUAAU